ACUCCAGGUUUUCUCGGAUCGAAUGGAUCAUUCGGUUUUACGAAUUUCAAUUCAUUUGAUCAAUGUGAUCCUAGUGGAUUGAAUUUCCCGCACGGUUUUCGACAUAACAAAAGCCCCGUCAAUCUCUACCUCGCAAAUUCUAAUAGUCCUUCGACGAAUUGUGAAGCGGGGGAGAGUUUUUGUUAUCAGAACAACAACAACAACAACAAUAAUAAUAAUGUUCAUCUGAAUAAAAAUCUUCAUGAGAGUGUCCAUAAAAACUACAGUGAAGUGAACAGUCGUGAGAAUAGUCCGCGGGAAAUAUUUCGAUUAGAUAGUCCAGGAAAGCGUGCCGGUACGUGCAGCCCUGAAGAAUCUUCUCGAUCGUAUUCUAGUCAAAAAAAUGAUGAUGUUGGAAGUCACAGUCCACUUCACAAUCAUAACAACGACAGUUUAGGAUCACAAAGUCCAGAAAAUUUAUCUUCAAAGUCACAACAGCAGCAAAAUAAUCAGAAAUUAACCGAAAUGUUGGAUCAUAAAUUACAACUGAGCUUCUUAGGCCCUCCACUUGCUGCUCUUCAUUCAAUGACGGAAAUGAAGUCACAAAAUAGUCCACAAACGUCACAGCACUCACAGGGACCUUCAAAUCCACACGGAAUUGAUUCAAUUCUUUCCAGACCGACACCUGUAACGAGUGCUCAAUUAAAUGCCUUAGGAGGUGCAAUGCCUCGAUUUUCAAUUGCUGCUGCAGCAGCCAACAUGGCUCAAUAUCUUUCACAAAACCAAGGUGCACAAAUGAAAUCAAAUCACAGUGUGCUUGGUGAUAGAACUCAUCUUUACUGGCCUGGUUUACAAGGUCUGGUGGCAAAUCCAAUGGCUUGGCGAGAUCGAUUGGGUUCAAUGUCAGCAAGUUUAUCACAAACACAUCACAAUCAGGAUAAAGAUGGAAAGAAAAAACACACACGGCCGACGUUUAGUGGACAACAAAUCUUUGCUCUCGAGAAGACUUUCGAGCAAACGAAGUAUUUAGCUGGACCUGAGCGAGCCAAAUUAGCGUAUGCCUUAGGAAUGACAGAAUCACAAGUGAAGGUUUGGUUUCAAAAUCGUCGCACAAAGUGGCGUAAAAGGCAUGCAGCAGAGUUGGCAACAGCUAAAAGGAAACAAGAAGAACUUGGUGAUGGAGAUGGAGAGAAUGACGGUGAUUGUAGUGAACCUCUUGAUGAUAGUGAUGCUGAAAGUAUAGAUUUGGUUGAGAAUCACCCAAGAAAGCGAUGUAGAAUGGAUGAUGAUAUGCGACAGUAAUGAAGAAAGUUUUUCGUGUAACUAAAUUGACAUUUUCUAUAAGAGUUGAAUAAGCUUAAAGAUUUAGUUGAUGAACGGUUCAUUCGCUGAAUUGAUUUCACUCUUGAUUGGAUUGUAGAAGCUAAGCAAUUGCAAAACGAAUUUAAUUUAUUUUACUUAAAUGUCUCCUCAAAGUUUAUGAGUUUUCCUAGUGUUAUUUACAUGCUACACGAAUGUUGGAGAAAUGCUAUUAAAAGCUUGUAUGUAAAUAUUUGACACAUUCUGAAUUGGGGGUAAUAAACUUUUUUGAAAUGACAAAAUGAAUGAAAGUUAAAAUAAUAAUGUGAUCAUCAUAAAUUUGGAUUUGAGAAUUGUAAAAAUUUUAGUAGGUAUUCAUGAAAAAAAAUAAAAAAACGAGUUCAAUGCUGUAAAGAAAUUUUGUGGAUAUCUGAGCGAUGAUUUUAAAACGUCAGAGAAGUGUCCGAUUUUUACUUCGGAUAAGGAUUUUAAUUGAGAUGAGAAGAGUUUUCUUCAGAUGAUAAGCUACGAAGAAUCAUCUCUAAAUCAUUUAAAAUUCGUAGCAUCAACACCGGAAGAAUUUCCUAUUUCAAUUUCCAUUAUUCUGCGUAGUAGUUUUGUAAAUUCAUCAAUAUAAUAUUGAUAGCUUUUAUGCAAUAAUAAAAUUACAUAAAAAUAAGUUUAUGUAGGAAAAAAUACGAAUUAAAAGACAAAGUUAAGUUAUUUGAGAUAUUUUCAGUCCCCCCCCCCAAAUGUAUGUAAGUGAGAAAAGUUUCCAGAAAAUCUUGUUUUAUGAUUUCCUUCAACGAAUAACGAAGAGAAAGAAAAAAAAUUGCUAUAAAAUUUUAAAACGUUUCAUAGAAUGUAAACAUUGUAAAAUUAACUUAAAAUGAUGUAGCCAUUAAAAGAUUAGAUAUACAC